AUGUACAGAUCGCAUCGCGGCGACGACUGCGUAUCGUGGUUCGUUCGGGAACUGCGAGAUCUAGCGUUUCGUGCGAGAGACUUUCUGAACACCAUCGCGCCUAUGACGCCUCUCACGGCGAACGAACAGGAAAGAUUCCUUAGCGCGACAAGUUGUCACGUGUGCGAGAGACCAUUCGAAGACGUGGCUAACGCCUUUCCCGGAAAUGUCGAGCUGUUGCCGUUGACUAAGGAAACGUACGUCUCCUUUUCCAAGAGUGUCGACGAAGCGUCAGACGAGGAGGGAUGGUUCGCGCGCGGGAGACGCGUAAAGUUGCCUUUCGUGGAUUCUUUUAAAUUUCUUAGCGCAAGUCUCGAAAAAUUAGCGUCUUAUCUCGAUAAGAGCGAAUUGAAGAUCGCGCGGUCGGAAUUUCCCGACCUCGACGACGCCGAUUUCGAGCUCCUUACGCGAAAAGGCGUAUUUCCGUACGAAUACGUCGACGAUAUCGAUAAGUUGCGCGAGACUCGUUUGCCGCGCGAGGCGUUUCGUAGUUCGCUGACCGGCGAUACCGUAUCCGGUAGCGAUUAUGAGCGCGCGAUAAAAGUCUGGGAGCGAUUUUGCGUUCGGACGCUAGGCGAAUAUAGCGAUUUGUAUUUAAAAACUGACGUUCUUCUAUUAGCCGAUAUUUUCGAAAAUUUUCGCGACGCGUGUAUGAAGAGCUAUGGUUUAGAUCCCGCGCAUUAUUACACGUUACCCGGAUAUACGUGGGACGCUAUGUUAAAGUAUACGGGCGUUCGAUUCGAGCUUUUAACCGAUAUCGAUAUGGUGAUGUUCGUGGAACGCGGAAUACGCGGCGGACUAAGUCAGUGUUCCAAUAGAUACGCGCGCGCUAAUAACAAAUACUUACAAUCGUAUAAUCCUUCGGAACCAUCGUCGUAUCUUAUGUACUUCGACGUGAACAAUUUAUACGGAUGGGCGAUGUGCCAAUCGUUGCCUUACGAGGAUUUUCAAUGGGUCGAGGACGUUUCGAGUAUCGAUUUAAUGUCCGUGAUGCCGAAUUCGCCUACCGGUUAUAUUAUAGAAGUCGACCUCGCGUAUCCGUCCAAUCUUCACGACUCUCACGCUGACUUGCCGUUUUGCCCGACGCGCGAUAAGCCGCCCGGAAAACGGCAGGACAAACUUCUCGCCACGCUGUACGAUAAGCACCGUUAUGUAACGCACUAUCGUAACUUGCAACAAUGCGUUAAACACGGAUUACGCGUUACGAGAAUACAUAGAAUAUUACAAUUCGCGCAAUCUCCGUGGUUGCGCGAUUACAUCGAACUGAACACGCGAUUGCGAAUUAACGCUAAAAAUGAAUUCGAGAAAAAUCUGUACAAAUUAAUGAACAACGCCGUGUUCGGUAAAACUAUGGAGAACGUGCGUAAUCACUCGGACGUUCGACUAGUGACUCGGUGGGACGGGCGAUAUGGUGCGGAAGCGAUGAUCGCUAAACCCAACUUUCAUAGUAGGAGCGUUUUCGCGGAGAAUUUAAUGGCUGUAGAACUGCGCAAACUGGAAGUUAAAUUUUACAAACCGAUUUACGUAGGAAUGUGUAUCCUCGAUAUAUCGAAAAUUCGUUUGUACGAAUUUCAUUACGAGUAUAUGUUAUCGUUGUAUCGAGACAAGUGCGAAAUAAUGUACACCGACACGGACAGUCUUAUCUAUCGCGUCGAGUGCGAAGACGUGUACGAGGAUAUGAAGCGCGAUAUCGAUAGAUUCGACACGAGCGAUUACGCGACGGACAAUGCGUACGGUAUGCCUCUCGUUAAUAAGAGAGUACCGGGUUUAAUGAAAGACGAGAAUAAUGGCGCAAUUAUGACGGAAUUUGUCGGACUUAGAGCAAAGAUGUACGCGCUGCGAGUAGACGGUAGAAACGAAACGAAGAAGAUUAAAGGCGUGAAGAGCGCCGUCGUCGCGAGAACGAUAACCUUCGACGAUUACACGCGUUGUCUGCGACGAGAUAUCGAAAUGACGCGCGAACAGUCGUGCUUAAGAUCGAAGUUACACGAGGUAUACACGAUAUCGGAGUCGAAGAAACGUGAUCGAUCUCGCUCGAUUUUUUACGGCCGAGAAGAGCCCUCACGUACUUUCGUCCCAACGGUCCUAGUUGACCGUGCAAUAUUUCGCGAUUCUGGGGAGUUCGAAGAGUUCGUUUAA